AUGCGAGUAAACCAAUCCCUUCUGCUACCACUUAUCGUGGUCUCCGCGCAACCGACUGUCAUGAUAUCUUCAGGGGCCGUCCAAGGCAUCUCAACGAACAUUGGGGACGGGGUGGUGACAAUAAACAAAUUUCUCGGGGUCCCGUACGCUACGACACCAGCCCGAUUCUCCCGUCCGGAGUCACCAGAGCCAUGGACAGAGCCUCUUGAUGCCACGGAAUUUGGCCCAGCUUGCUAUCAGAAUUUCGGUCUCAAUGAACUCGGUCCUCGUCCCGAACUUUUGCAGACUCUGUUCAACACCCCAAAAGCACCCGAGAGCGAGGAUUGUCUGCGCAUCAACGUCUUCGCGCCGGACUCUACGUCUAACGCCACCCGGGCAGUGUUGGUCUUCAUCCAUGGCGGAGGCUACCAGAUGGGCCACGCAAGGAUUGAUCUCUCCUCUUUCGCAGCGUAUGAGGACAUCAUCGUGGUGAGCCUCCAGUACAGAACAAACGUCUUUGGGUUUCCCUCCUCGCGCGACAUCCCCAUCCCGGAACGUAACUUGGGGCACUAUGAUCAGCGUUUCGCUUUCGAUUGGAUUCAGCAGAACAUCGAGGCCUUUGGAGGUGAUCCUGGCAAGGUCACUAUCUGGGGUCAGUCGGCAGGGGCUCUCUCAGUUGACCAGCAUCUCAAGGCGUAUGCCACCGAAUUGCCUCUACCAUUUCGCGCCGCAAUCAUGUCGAGUGGCCAAACAAGCUUCGGUCUGCUCGCAUCACCUUCUCCGAGUGAUGGGAAAGAGUGGUCGGCACUUGCUGCCGCCGUUGGCUGUGCGAACUCGACUGGCGGCUUGGAAUGCAUGAAGAAAAUCCCGGCUGAGGACCUUGUGGAGGCCAUGUCGAAACACAGCAUUUCAUUUGGGCCUGAACUAGAUUAUGUCACCGUCUGGGGCAAUCCUGCUGAGCUGUGGAGGAGCGGCCAGGUUACCAGAGUCCCAAUACUGACCGGAACAGUGGCUGAAGAGGGAAGAAGCCUUGUGAAUAAUGAGGUUGACCUCGCGAGCUGGCUUGAAGCAUAUCUACCGGAUAGUCUGGUUAAGGAAGAAGACAGAGAGGUGAUAGUGUCAGUCUAUCGCACCAAUGGCUUGACAACCGACUUCGAUAUUGCCUCAGCUAUAACCACAGACUUCCUUUGGUUAUGUCCUCAGUCUAUUCUAUCAUCCACGGCAGCCUCCCACAAGAUUCCAUCAUGGCGCUAUUACUUCAAUACCUCCAUUCUAAACUUCUUCCCUGAGGAUUACGCCUGGCUUGGCAAGUUUCAUGGCUCAGAAGCCGUCCUUCUUUUCACUGAUCCUAACAACACGACCUAUACACCCCAAUCCUACCCAGUAUAUGAGUACCUCAGGGGCGCGAUCGGGCGAUUUGUCAAGGACCCUAAUGCGGGCCCAGGAUGGCCAGCCGUUGGUUCGCAAUACGCACCUCUAGAUCUUGUCGUUUUAGGGGAUGUCGGCAACGUCCAAACUGCUGUGACGCCGUUCAAUACCACCAUCUUGGACGAGAGGUGUGGCUUGUACAAGGGUAUCUACUCAAAGUUGGAGGCCAUGUCUAGCUAA